UCAAAUUUACCUAUUUAUAAAGAAAUUAUUAAAGAAAGUAGAUUAUUCUACUUCGGAAGUCUCUAGCCAGAGUUCAUGAUACGUGUUAAUUUGAAUAAAACUUUAAAUAUAAAUGCGAUCUGUUAAAUAAGAAAAAUAGCACUGAUAAUCUUUUGCGUCAAAUAAAGUCGUAUAAUUAUAUGAAACAAUAAUGUAAUUAUAUGAUUAAUUUAAACAAUAUCCAAUAUACCAGCGUUUGUUUGAUAUACAUUAAUUAUGUAGGUACUAAGAUUUAGAUAAUACGCACGCAUUUAUACAUAUAUUUUAACAUUGCAACAUUAUUUGAAACGUGUGUACGCGAAUAAACCAAUGACAAUUUGUUUAUGACGUUGAAAAAUGUAAUGUAAUUUUUAAAUUAUGUAUAAGCAUAUAUUCUAAUGACUUGUUAUUAAAGCAUUGAGAGAAUUUGACAUUUGGCAAGUUAUAUUUAAAGUCAUGAUUUCGGAAUAAUGUUAUUUUAUGUUUCAAGCGAAAUCAGUUACAGCUAAAUCGCGAAAGUGUACAGGAAAUAUAAACACUGUCUUGUGUGCGAUAACAAACAUUUCAAAUCUUUAUUAUUAGUGAUUCCUUUUUUCUUGACCGUGAUUUAAGAGAAUUUAAUGCAUUAUUCAGUCUUGUAUGUGACGCCCUGAAAUAGAAAGAAAAGACAAUUUACUAAUUUGCUGAUAAAGGACGUAGGGUAAAUAUCGAAAGUUUGAUUAAAAUGUUUUUUUUGCAUAUCCUUUAACAAUGUAUUGCUGACAACAUAUUUUUAUCAUAUAUAUAAUUGUCAUUACGCGCAAUUUUAAUUCAUACGAACGAAAAGAAAAGGCAAUAAUUUCGCUACAAAAAUAUAAUUUUUAUUUAAAUGAUAAUAAAAGCUAUGCAAAUUUUCAGUUUCCUGUGUUUCACUGUACAACGUUACAAUCCGUUCUUUGGAGAAGAGAUAUUUUGAUUGAUAAAAAACAUGAUGGACAAUAUAAAGUUUGAGAUUUCCGCACCGGGAAGAAUUGUCUUAUCUGGAGAAUACGGGGCGAUGUAUGGAAAACAGGUUGUUUCGGCUAGUUUAAAUCUUCGUACCGAGCUGAAAUUUCGCGAACAACUUGAUUCGACAAAAACGAUUAACAUAGAGUUCUUUAAUGUCGGGCUAUCGUUGGAGAUACCUUUGGAAGUAAUUGUCAAUUUCCGUUUAACUACUCAUUUUAGCACACUUAUAUUGAAUCAUAUUCGGUUUCGCAAGCGCUUGCGAUCGUUCAUCACUGUAAACGAUAUGUGGAAGACACCCCAGCAAAGAUCUAGCUUGGAAAUCUUUUUUUUCUUACUCAUGCAUAUCGUUAAUGACGAGAACCUCGUUAUAGAACCUUUCCUCGGACGUAUCCAGCAAAUUAAUUAUCGGCCUCGGCAGCUUGUCCUCAUUCGCGGUAUGUCUCUCGGCAUGUUUUCUAAAUUGGGCUCGUCGUCAGAAAGGUGUCUACAAAGAAUUUGAAGAGGAAGAUUUAAUCAGAAUUUCGAACUACGCUAAACUUGCCGAAAAAGUUAUACUGAACGAGAUGUUCGAGUCCGACAUUGAUGUGUGCUGUUAUGGCAAUGUAAUAAAAUCUAGAUACAAUAUCGAGGAAGACGAAUAUUCUGUUGAGAAAAUUGAUGCUACAAUGAUGCGUGUUUUGCUCGUCGACUUAAAUAUUAACUUUGAUAUGGACGAACGAACGAUGCAAAUAAUGACGCAAAAACAUAAUUCUGAAAAGAUGAAUGAAUAUUUAAAUCUGAGUGACAAAAUAUCAGAAGAUAUUUGUAAAACGCUCGUUUUUAUUAAUUUUUACUUUGAGCAUUAUAAUUUUUCUGAAGAUGAAAAGAAAGGAUUCGCAGCAUUACAGGAGUUAAUUCAGAAAUAUCAAAGUGUGUUGACUGAUUUAAAUUUGUCGCAUGUAAAUUUGGAUAAUUUGAUUAAUCUUGAAGAAUGUAGAAAUUUUGAAGCAUCCGUGGGAAUAACGUUCGCAGGUUAUAGAAGCAAAUAUGCAUACAUUCUGCUAACAUCACAUAUUAAAGAAAAUUCAGUUAAAAAACUCAAGCAAUGUUUACAGAAUAAAGGUUUCAAAUUUAUAGACACUACCGUGAGUUGUACAGGAUUGGUAAAGACUGACAAUGAGUAUAAAUAAAAUUAUUGAUUGUGUGUUUAAAUAAUUGCGAAUAAUAACAAAUAACUAAAUAUAAAAUAUGUGCUAGUUUAUUAAGUUAAUUAUUAUGGUUUUAUUUCUUAAUGUUUUUAUCGUAAAAAAUUAUC